AUAAGAAGGUUGAUAAAUGAAUUCCAUUUCCAUUUCUUCUUGAAUUGUAUCCAAACAGGCUGUUAAAAAACAAAAACUGUGCUCCUCUAAGGUAUAUCAACGGCAACUUCUGGGUUUUCAGUUCGAAGCGGGAGAACGAUGUUUAAGAAAGCAGUGGAGGCGAAAUCGCAUCAGAGGCUAUCCGGAGCUGACCGAAAGAAGCUCAAACGAAACCUCAAGAGACAAAUUCCCGCGUGCUUCUGAUGCCGAUAUGGACGUCUUAUUCCCACCCAAGGUGGAGAUAGCAGUUGCUAAGCUUCGUAAUCGGGUCCUGGUUUAUAGUGUUGAAGGUGACUUCCUCAUGUUGUUCGACAUUGAUGGCAGGGGUACUGAGAUUUAUCCCACAGUUUUUGCUCUUUGGAGAGUACCUGCACUCUUGCCUUCUUUUCUGUUGAAGGGAGGUGAGGUUUCUCUAUUCAUGCUUGGAGGUGCUGAUUUGAUGUUCCCGGGCAUUAGUGUGCCUGCUGAAGGACUACCCUCCUUUAAAGUUGGUGAAGUAUGGUCUGUGAAAGUUCCUAGGAACCCAGCACCUGUUGCUGUUGGGUUAACUACUUUGAGCAGUACUGAAGCAAUGAAAGCUGGUCUGCGUGGCAAGGAUUUAAGAAUAACACACUAUUACAGGGACUCACUUCGAGAGUCAGUGGACGGUCACUUUGUGCCUAAUGCAGGUUUCUUGGAGGAUAUUGUUAUUGAGGAUCUGGCUGCCUCUCUAGUGGCCCAAGAUUCUGAUUCAGCUGAAGGUCUUGAUCGUCAUUCUCCACAUGAUGAACAGGACGGCAAAACAACUGACGAAGUUGAGAAAUUGGCUGUAGCAAAUGACGCAAUGGAUCAUCUUCCUUCGUCAUCAACCGAAGCUUCCAAAAGUCAAGUUGAACAAUUAAAUGUAGAGGUUGGUAACUUGAAGGUUUCAGAUAAUGUUGGUGAUGAAUCAGCUGCUGAGGAAGAACAGCAUACCUUAUCUGCCGAGGAAGUGGAUAGUUUGUUGGACAAUUGUCUUCUGCAAGCCCUUCAUACGACUGUUAAAGACAAGGAUCUAUCGAUGCCUGGAAGCACUUUAUGGUAA